CUCUUCAUCCUCACUCCUCGUCCUCCUCCUCCUCAGUCUUUUCUGGUCCUCCUCCUCCUCCUCCUCCUCUUCCUCCUCCUCCUCCUCCUCCCAGCUGCCCCUGCUCCUCCCUCUUGCCCCGCCUCCUGGCAGCUCAUCGGUUGGAGGUGCGACGCCUCCUGCGAGGAGCUCUGGCGUCUCUGAGCCGUCGUCUGGACUCCCUGGAGAGGAGCAGCAGCAGCAGGAGGAAGAGGAGGAGACAGAGAAGAAGAAUAGCUCCAGAUCUACUUCCUGUGGUACCUGUCACCUCCUCUUCCUCCUCCUCCUCCUCCUCCUCCUCCUCCGGCAGGCUGGCCUGCUGCCGAGCGAGGCCAGGGGAGGUGAGCGUCAGGAACAUCCUCGGAGGAGGACGAGGAGGAGAGCAGGGGGAGGGAGGGUUUGUUGGAGGAAUGGCGGUUUCCUUCAGAGGAGUAGCAGAGGAGGAAGAGGAGCACCUCCUCACUCUGCUCACCCAGCCCACCCACAAGAGGGAGGAGGAUGGAGCUGGCCAAUCAGAUGAAAGCACUGUUACCACGAUGACCAAUGGCUACACAGCACCUCUGCUGCUCUUCAGAUCCUACUCCCAGCAUGCCUUGCAGCUUCAUGAUUUGGGACAGAGUCGUUGGGCCAGUAGCCAAUCAGAAGCCUGGGCUCUCUCCGCCAGCCAGUGGCGUUUCCCGGAGCGGCCCCUCCCCCUCUCCUGCUGGGAUCGCCGUGCGGCUCUGCGGCUCUGCGGCGGAUGGAGCUGUAGCCCCGCCCCCCUGCUGCACCUGUCAGCGGCUGCUGUCGACACGCUGGUGGAGGUGGUGAGGGGCGGGGCUUAUGGGAACCCUCUCCGCCCCCUGAGGGACUGGACAGCCCCGCCCAGUCUCAGCGCCGACCACUGCUACGUCCGGACGGUGCAGCUCAGCUCGCCGUUUCCUGCCCGGCGGCAGCAGAGGCCACGAGCCAAUCGCGGUGCUCGUACCGUCCGCCCGCUUCGUGGAAGAGCCCCGCCUCCGUGUUUAGCCAAUGGCCUGUGCGCCCCGGCCCCCGGCGUCCAGUCGGCCGCCGGCCGCCCGUUUCCCCGCGGCGGAGGAGAGGCGAGGCGGCGUCUCGCUCCUCAGGUUUGUCCUGAGCUCGUCCGUGACGACGAGACGGCUUCGUCCCCGCAGAGCAAACGAGUGUCGCAGAUCCGGAUCCGGAGGGCGUCGCCUCGAGAUACGCCGCUCACCCCGAUGGGCCUGCCGAAGGUCAAAAGAUUAAAGAAGAAAGAGUUCAGCUUGGAAGAGAUUUACACCAACAAGAACUACAAGUCCCCGUCAGCCAACAGGAGUUUGGAGACGAUCUUUGAGGAGCCGAGGGAGAAGGAUGGAUCUCUUCUCCUGAUUGGCCAGCAGAAGCGACGCCGGCUCCUCCUCUUCCCUGACUUCACUCAGCCCAGAAAGAGGAAGCGGCUGCAGGGGCCGGGCCCUGCUGUUGCCAUGGCGCCCAGGAAGCGUGCGGCGGCGCGGCGACACGUCCACGGCUCCGACGACGACGGCGACCUGGACGUGAUGCUGGUGGAGCGGCUGAGCGCGCUGGAGGACUUCCUGAGCAGACAGGGCCUGGACACCUGACUUCCUGUCAGCUGAACCCGAACCAGACCCUUUCAACCCACAGCCUGCCACGCCCCUCCAGGAGCCACGCCCCUCCAGGAGCCACGCCCCUCCAGGAGCCACGCCCCUCCAGGAGCCACGCCCCUGCUGUCACACCACACCCCCUGCAGGACUUUCUUAAAACUCUGGAAUUUCAUUUCCCACAGGGGCUUUUGUCCUCUAGGUCCUCCUGUCCUCCUGGUCCUCCUGUCCUCCUGGUCCUCCAGGUCCUCCUGUCCUCCUGGUCCUCCAGGUCCUCCUGUCCUCCAGGUCCUCCUGUCCUCCUGGUCCUCCAGGUCCUCCUGUCCUCCUGGUCCUCCUGUCCUCCUGUCCUCCAGGUCUCUCUGUACUGCAGGACUUGUUUGUGGACUUUUUGUCAAGCUGGAAGAGACGUCAGCGGCUGGAGGACAUCAGAGCCCAAAGACCCCGAUUUACACUUUUAUCAGUGUGGGAAGAAACACACUCUCUCUCUCUCUCUCUCUCCGUCUCUCUCCCUCUCUCGCCCUCUCUCUCCUGGUGUGUAUUACUGUGAUAUUUUUCUCAUGAAAAUGUUUCUAUUUUUAAAAUAAAUAUUUUGUUUCUU